CCGAGCGGAGCCGAGCCGAGCUGUCACUUGUUGCGUCGUCUUCGCGCCGCGACGCUAGUUCGUUCUUAUUAGUGAAAAAGAAAAAAAAACUUAUCCUCCCUCUCUUUCUCUCUCGUGCGCGCGUGCGUUCGAACGAGAGGGGGAGAGAGAGAGAGAAAGAGAGAGAGAGAGAAUAUCUAAAAAAACGACGAGGUGUUUGAAUUUUUGUGCGUCGUGUGUCUUUCUUUUUAUCGAAUUUUCUCGCGAGCGUACUUCGUUUUGUCUUGUUUUUUUGUGUUUCAAAAGAAAAACGAACGAAAAGGAAAAAACAUCCUUCUUUCUUCUUCUUCUUCCCAACUUCGUUUUCUCUCGAAAUCCAAACAAUGGCGUAUCUAAACGGUAGCGAGUAUACGAUUCGAGAAUGGAGCCAGGAAGCGAGCGAAUCGACGAGAAGAAUUUAGAAAAGGACAAAGAGAAAAGUAAUCUAAUCAACGAGAAGAAGGAAGAAAAGACAUUGAGAGAAUUACGAGUUCAAACGGUGGACAAAUUAACGAAUAUCGAAAAAAACGUCCUCGUAUAUUCUUCAUCGUAUGGUCAAAAGAAAGAGAAAAAGGUCGUUAAGCUCAUCGAAGAAGAAGCUGGCGAGAAAAGGAAUAUAAAUAAUAAUAAUAAUAAUAAUAAUAAUAAUAGCGGCAACGACAAGACUAAUAGUAAUAGUAAUAAUAAUAAUAAGGAUAGUCUGGUGUUUGAGAAGCCAUCGUUUCCAUCUUUCAAGGAAAAAAUCAAACCUAUUAAACUGAUCAAACGUCCAACGACGAUCGGCAAUUUAUUAGUCGCAGGUUUAGACACGAAAAACUUUUUAAUUAAAGAGAAGAACUCGAAGGCGACCGAUGAAAAUUUUCGAGGAAUACCGAUAAAGAGGGAGGAAGUUAAGAAGGAUGUUAUUACGAAUGACGAGAAAAAGAGGAUCGAUCAGAGCCCGUUAGAUCGUUUGGAAGAAAGUAGAUCGAAGAUCAAAAUAUUGCAAGAUAAUUUGGGCACACAGAUACAAGCUAUCACAGCAUUGAGUUAUAACGAAGAAUUAUCGAAUCGUCCUUCGAGAUCGUCGCUCGAAAUCGAAACGGGUCAAACCCUUAACGAGAUAAAAUUCGAUUUAGAUUUUUUAGAAAGGCAAAGAUUGGACGAUAGAUUGGAGAUAGAGGAGAAACGUUUAAAGGAUAAGGAUUUGGAAACUAAAUCGCGUUAUUGCAAAAAAGUAACCGAAAUUGAGAAAAGAUGGUCGGGGGAAUUUCUUCAAUGUAGAUCUACAAAUGAGGAUCGAUUGGAUUCGUCGUCAUCGGAAUCGUCCUACGUCGAAGAAUUCGGAAGUGUAUCGUCCCAGGAGAGUAUAGUAGUUGAAAGAUCUAUAAGAUUGUCUAAUGUGAAGUUCGAAGAAGAUCAUGUAAUAUCAUCCAGAAGACCGUCCGUUGAAUUUUUGGAAGGUAGUACAGUCAGUACUCUUGGCUCGGACUCUGGAUUGGACGAGGAAGAGAAGAAACUCACGAAGGACUUUUGUGUCGAUCAACGAUCCCCCGACGAUAGAUCGUACGAGGAAAGGAAAUUGAACGAUCGAUCGAUUCCAAGGGAAUCCAAAGGGACAAGCGAAACGAAAAAUAAGAUAGAGUCAACAACUAUCGAGGACGGAUACGCCAAACUGAUAAGAGAAUUUACGAUGGAGCCUGGUGUUUCGAGAUUGAAGAAGGAAGAAAAGCAGAAAAAGAAAUCUGGCUUAAGGAGAUUAUUACCGGGUUUCUUUUCGCCGAAGGACUCGAGAAAGGAUUAUAACAACAAGAAGAAGGAACGAAAAGAGAGAAGGAAACAGGACGAGAGACAUUUCGCUCGUUAUCAACAAAAUGGUAAUUACACGAGAUCCCCCGACACUAUGAAUUUGAACGAGGAUAUAAAGAGAAACGUAAAGUUGGAUAACAGUUUGAACGGUUCAAUAAUCGAGGAAAGAUUGGACGAGAUCAAACGCGAAUUGUUUCCCGAUCAAGGAUUGAUCACGAGUACGCCCGAUCAUUUUUCCGAAAACGACGACGGAAGGAAGAUCUUACAACAAUCGAAAUAUCGUACGGAUGUAGCGCCAUCGAAUUCGAUCGUACAGGAUGUUGAUAGAUGGUACGAUAGGAAAAUAUCGUCGAACGAAAAAUACGAGGAAAGAAAUUUAGAGGAGGACGUUGAGAUAAAGACGGGAUUGGAAUUGGACAAUCGAAGAUUAAUGAUAGGUGGCCAAUUGGAACGUAAGCACAGUCUUCAAGAGGCGGCAAAUCGUGGUGGCCGAAUGUUCUUUCAAAGGAAUCACGGACCGUCUGGUAGGAUCUCGGCACCACCCACUGAAAGAUAUUUUUCUAAAUCAAGAUCGGUAAGACCGAUGGAUAGACCUUUACCGGCUAUACCACGUUCCAGAAUAGAAUUAUCCAAUUAUGAGAAUUACGAGAGGCAACAGCAGCAGCAGCAGCAGCAGCAGCAGCAGCAGCAGCGGCAGCAGCAGCAGCAGCAGCAGGAGGAGGAGGAGGAAGUGGAGGAGGAGGAGGAAGAAGAGGAAGAGGAGAGGGAGUCGCGCGUGGAAAAUUAUGAAAACGAAGUCGCGAGACAAUCCGUAACAGCGGUUAUCAUCGAUACCACCGGUAGUCACGAUAGAAUCGGGAAAUAUUCGUCACCUGGAUCCAGCCAAAAGUCAGGCGAUUAUGCCGAUUCCUGUUGUACACCUAAUUCCAGUCAGAAGAGCGAAUUCUCGCCGUCCAGUUCGAAAAGCGGUGAAUAUUAUUUGAAUUCACCGAGAACAAGCGCUAGAACUUCGCCAAGUACACAAACCGAAGGGAUUUAUGCGAACGAGAAUCCACGGUCUAUGAAGAAUCCCGAUUACGUGGACGAGAUCGAGGAACGAGUAUACGACGAGACACCACCUUCUCCGCUUAGAGAUAAUCCUGAUAAUAACGUCGAUAGAAAGGUCGAUAAUGACGGUGUUAAUACGAGCAAUAAAAUUCCUAUUGCGAGUAAAAAGUGUUUGUCGUCGCCAAGAGGAGCCUCGAGGAAGGCUCAGCCGAGCGAUCAAAUUUUAAUAGCUUCGCCUAAAAGAGAAAUUAUUUACGAUAGAAGAACGUUCGGUAAUAUCCAACGUAUACGCCCAGAAUCACCGGUUAACGUGUCGAAGGAACGCGUCGAAAGGAUCAACGAUAUUGCUUUUUCUAAAAUUAAGGAAAGUCAAGGCCAACGUAAUCGCGAGAACAACGACGGAAAUAGAUCGGCCAAUAGUUUGCCACCAUUAUCGAUGAUACCAACGGCAUCGUCGUCGGCCGGUUCGUCGGUCUGUUCUACGAUGAAAAAUCUUCAAAGACCUGAACCAAUUUAUGCUGGUUCUCGUUUACGAACGGAAUCCAGCCUGUGCAGAAGGAACGUUAACGAUUCGUCCGGUACGACGUCUGUCUCGAGUCAAGAAAAAAUUUAUACCAGCAAAGGUUCUCUCCAACGCGAACCAAUUUCGGAUAGGCAAAGACCACGUGUUCUUGUCAAUGAAAAUUCUUCCUCGAUACCUAACGAGGCCAACGUUCAUCAAAGUUGUUGCAAUCCAAUAGCGUCGCCUUCGUCCUCCUCAACGUCACCUUCGAAAAGACGAACUAUGCAACAUUUGGAAGCUUUUUAUUGGCAACAAAAAGCAUUGGAAGCUCAUAGAAAAACUGGAUUGCCUGUUAACAAUGAAUCGGUACGCAGCGAAGCAAUCCGCGACAAACAACAAACUUCUCACAAGAUAAAUCUUCCAGAGAUUCGGGAAGCCGUUUAUUGGCAACAAUUGAAGAAACUUGACGAGGAACAACAAAGGCGAAUUUACGAAAGAAAUUUAAUGGAAGAGCCGAGGCUCGAAUCGCGAACAAUUUCGAAUCGUCCGAUUGGUCGAUCCGCCAUACGUCAACAGCCAACAAUAACGCCAACCGAUACCAACAUAGAUCGAUCUUAUUGGUCAAAUGAAAAAACACGUCCCGCGAAAACGAAUAAUCCAUUGAGACCUAACUUGAUGCACGGCCAAAAGGGUUCGACUCAACCGAUUCUAAUAGUCAGACCUCAACAGCACGCGAUACGUGAUCGACAAGAGAUACCAAUUAAAUCUCUUGACGAUCAUUCCAGAUUGAGCCCUAGAAGAUCGAAGAGUGCUUCGCCGCAUUUACGCGUUAAUCGUAAUCUCAAUAAAUCCGACGGUGGUAUAGUUUAUAAUUACGACGAUGAGAACGAUUCGAACGAUCCCAAUAAACAAAUACGACCGCAUCCUAUAUUCAAACGUGGAAGUUUAGUAAGUAGCGAUUCCGUCGAAUAUUCGACGACCGGUACGAAAAGAGUCAGUUUUUCUAAUCAAAAUGUUGGUACCGAAUUAUCCAAUGGUAAUUGGCCGACCAAACAUGGAACGGCUUCCGAACCACCAACGAGAAGGCACAGAAGUGACGACAGCGUUUCCGAUACCGAUUCCGUAUUCAUUCGUGAUACUAAUUUGGAUAUCGUAUAUACUGGUUAUCCAACUGCUUCUUGUUCUCGUAACUUAGAAGCCAGUUAUGGUUAUCAACGGACACCUCGAAACGAUUCAAAGUCUCUCCCUCAAGAAUACGAUGCCGAUAGACCACUUCCACCAUUACCAAAGGAACCUAAUCUCAGUCAAGGACAAAGAUGGAACGUCCCUCCUAAUAAUUAUAGGAAGUGGCCUGCCCUUUGCGAGAGCGAAAGCGGAAGCGAAGCUGCCGGGGAGGUUCAACGGAUAUUUGCCAGGACUGACGAGGAAGAGUGGAAUCCAGAUGGAAAGGGUCGACAGUCAAACGAUACCGGUGGAUCCGGCAGGGUGGAGGGUGAAGUCGGCUCGAACGAGCUUACUCUUACGCCGGGUAGACGGAGCAUCGGCGGAGGUGGUGGAGGCGGCAUCGGCGGCGGUAGCAUCGGCGGCGGUAGCAUCGGCGGCGGUGCUGGAGGCGGAGGAGUUGGAGGAGGAGGAGGUGGUGGUGGAGGAGGUGGCGGUGGAGGAGGUGUGGUUGGGAUCGGUGGUGGAGUCGGUGGGGGUGGUGGUGUCGGAGGAAACGAAAUCGGAGGUGGAAGGGUCGGUUCGGGUAGUGGUGGUGGUGGUGGUGGGAGUCGUUCGAGGGACGAGCCGAGAAGGCACACCCUUGGUGGCGAUCAUCAACCCUCUCUUCAUCAUCAGCAGUUCAACGCCGGGGGCCAACAGUUACACCCCCUUCAUCCCCGUCACUUGCCGCCACCCCAUAGCCAAUACGGCACCAUGGAUCUCGAGAUGGGGACCAAGUCUCGCCAGAGAAAGUCGCCUCUUCUGCGCGGUUACACGCCACCCUCGUCAACGAUGCUAUUCGACGAUGAUCCAGGCAUCAUGUCCGAAGUGGAGACCUCCAGUACUGGUUUUCGAAGGGGUGGAAAACAAAGAAGUAGCCUACCCGUUGUCCGAACUCCAAGUAAAACUUUGGAGCGACCAUUAGACGAUUCCCCAGGACUGGUGUUCCUACAGUACAGGAACGAGACGAAGAGGGCACUUCUCCCAAACGAAAUAACCAGCAUAGACACUGUAAAGGCUCUCUUCGUCAGAAGCUUUCCAAAACAGUUAACUAUGGAAUAUCUCGACAGUCCACAUGUAAAGGUUUACAUACACGAUAGUAAUAAGAACGUCUUCUACGAGCUAGAAGAUCACAGGUUACAUCUACGAGAUAUUAGGGAUAGAAGCGUUUUAAAACUAUUCGAAAGUGCCGAUGGAGUCGCUGGAAUGCCUGGUCCAUUGGGUAUACCAGGUGGUGGAGGAUUGCCACCUCAUUGGGAGGAUCAAAGUUAUUUCAGUGAGCCUGAAUUCGACAGCGAGUAUCAACAUCAACAUAUUCACAAGAGCAAGACAGCGAAAAAUUCCAAUUCCGGUAGUGGUGGAUAUUACGUUGGUGGUAGUAGUACUUUACCACGAGGUGGACCUCUUUUAAGGGCGUAUAGUCCAGCAGCAUCGUCGGUAGUGGCAGGACCAAAUGCAACCCCAACACAACCGAAGCCAUUAUCUACACCAGGAGGUGGCGCGGUGCCGCCAGCCAAGCCGCUUCGCAGCUACCAGUGCGGCAAAAAUCCCCUUGGAAGUCUUGGGGGCUCUGCUCGUUUCUCUAGAGACAGCUCGGUCUCCCUCUAUAGUAUACCAGAUCGAUUGCACGGUGAGAGUGGUUACAUGAGCAGUCCCGAACGAGGUGGUGGUGUUGGAUCUGCUACUGGAAGAUAUCCACCUGGUCCCUAUAGCACUGGUAGCAGCUAUGAGGAGCCUUAUUAUUCGCAGUAUUCCGGAACAGUGACACCUGUCAUCGACGAAGAAGCAAGUUGUGGGUGGUGCAGCGAUACGGAGCUAUUGGAGGAAUCUUACAGCCUCUACGGCGUGAAACCACCAGGUCGACCACCUUCUGGACCCCCUCGAUCUCCGUUCAUACCACCAACGGCAGCCCCUAUACCCACUGGACAGAGCUACGACGCUACUCGGAUAAGGGUGGAGCACAUGGAGAGACAAUUGGCUAACCUGACGGGUCUGGUUCACAAAGCUUUGACACAUGCACCACAUACGAGUCCAUCACCAAGAGACUACUUACAGGUUCCUGCAGGUCGUGACCCUUAUGCGCGAACUACAGGCGCCGGGGAUGAGUUCGACAAACAUUCUAGCUCCAGCUCUGCCUCACUGCCAGUCUGUCAAACUACCAUUACAGAUGACUCGUUCUUAAGGACAGACGUUAAACCACCGAAAUUAGGCAAAGACAAGUCGGUGUCCUUUGAAAAGUCAGUGUCCUUCAGUGACGAGCCGCCAGAUAUGAAUUCACCAAAACAACAUUCCCCCCAACACGCAGCGGAUACAAAGCCUACGAAACCGGCAAUCAAAUCCUCCACGUUGCCGAGGAUGUCUUCGCAAGAACGAGAGAGACAUAAGCCAACUCCACCACCUAAGCCAGCAGCCUUGGUAGCUGGUCAAUACGUUUAUCGUGAUUUGGCCUUGACACCAGAGAUGUAUAAUCAAUUAAGAGGAUUACAGAAAAAGGCUAAGGAUCUUCGACAGGACGUAAAGAAUCUCAGACGUUUAUCACAAUCUCAGGCACAUACUGUACGAGAAACUAUCAGGGAUACUUUUAUCACUAUCAGAGCAAUGUUAUUGUCCGGUGGAGACGCAGCUUGGGCUGCUGGUGAUGCCGAGAAAGUUCGGCUCAGUCGAGAGGAAGACCUCUACAAACAGGAAAUGCUUAGGCUGGAAAAAGAUCUUACCGAGCUCGAGAGUACGGUGGAGGAACUUCGUGGUAAUGUCAUCAAUAGAAAAACACGUGUGAAUAUGUCAGACGUCGAGAAUAUGGCAUUGAUAUUAAAUAAAUCGAGCAAAGCCGUGGCGGAUUUAAAGGUACGAUUUCCAAGUCUACAAGAAGGUAUGAAGGGUCUUCUAAGUUCCGAAAUGGAGAAGAUCGUACGCGAGGAGAAGUUCCUAAAGGAAGAACCUGAGAGACUGGAGUCUGCGUUGAGACGUUGCAAGAAGUUAACUGGUACACUCGUUACGCUGAAACGCUUGGCCUCGGUGCAAGAGCAGCGAUUACCAAAUGCAGCAAGCGUGGAUGCCGAAGAGACCCCACCAAUAACACCAACCUCAGCGCAACAUUCCAAGGCAGCUGCCCCUGUGCCAGCGGAACGCACUGUCUUGGGGUCAGCGAGCGUCCUCGGGGGAGGGAGCCACCCUCACGAGCCAUCCACCACCCAUCAGCAGCGUCCGGAGAACGCACUCGACGCUUUGUUAGACGAACUGCAGACUUUUUCAAGGCCAGGCUCACAAAUGGGUCAGGCGCCACCUGCGGCAGCUGUGAUACAACAACAACAACAACAACAACAGCAGCAGCAGCCGUUAUUAGUAGGACAAGUGAUAGCAACAACAACAACAACAAUAACAGGACAAGGACCAGGGCCAGGGACAAUGGGACGAGCACCCUGCAUUUCAGAGAUUGGAAGAAAAGGAAGCGUCGAUUCUUCGAGUGGUAUCCUGGCAAGUAAUCUUGUCGGUGGUUUGACCAUUUCAAGCGGAGGACUUAGCCAAAGCGGAACUUUACGUCGUCUUCAUUCAUAUCCAUCUAGUUCCGAUACGGAUACAUCGCCACCUAUAGCGAGACUUCAAGUGUCCCUUCAAGAACAGCCAGGAUUAACGCAAGCAUUAUUACCAGGCCAAAAACCACCAGUGCCUGAGCGCAACGCCGAAUUACUCCAAUUGGCAAGCGCAAGAAGAGUACCACCACCGCCACCACCGCGAACUAGUUCCAGAUCACCUUUGGCUAGUCCAACGAGUCCACAAUUACCACCGAGAAAUCAUCAAUCAUCAUCGUCCUCGUCGUCGUCUUCUUCGUGUACCGUGGCGCAACAAUUAUCUACAGGUAUUGGUAACGCUUCGAUCCCAGUAAUGACAAGUUCAACAGGAACCCUACGAAGACCAUUAUCUCGUGGUAAAGAAGGAGGAGGUACAAUUGGUAAACCACCUAUGGCUUUACCAUCGUCCGAGGUCGAUGGUACUCCUAUUUCCAGCACUGUACUAUCAACGAGUAACUCGAGCUCCUGCGAAAGUGUCAAUUCGCAAGAAGGUCUACAAAGUAAAAGAGGUAGGCAAGAACAAUUGGAACAACGUCAUCAAGAAUUAUUACGUAAACAAAAAGCAUUGCAAGAACAAUACGCGAGACUUCAGCAAUUACAGAGAAAUGCGGCUGGUUUAGCAACGGUACCACCGGCCCCGCCGGAUUUAUUAAAGAAAACCGGCUCGGAAAGUAAUCUAUUGGCAAAAAUGGGAUUAGGAAUGAGCGCUGCUAGUUCUGGCUCGUUAACAAGUCUGAGCGUUAAAACUGCAACCCUUGGAAGGGAUGCUGGUAAUGCCGUUGCCGGUACUGCUCUUAAUAUCGAUUUAUGUAACUCACGAACUAGAUUCGAAGGAUCAUCAUCGCUCGAACCAAGCCUUGUAUUAGCCAUUUCAAAUGCCGAUAACGAUCAUCACGCGAAAAUGAUAAAUCUGGUAACUACGAUCGAUAAUAACAUCGCAACGACCAGUACAACUUCCAACGCCUCCAAUACCAACACUACCACUACUACCACCAACACCACCACCACCACCAUCACCACCACCACCACCACGACCACCACCACCACCAUUGCUACUACUAACACCAAUACCAACACCAACGCCACUACCACUACUACCAGCAAGAUUUAUGAAACGGACAUUCUGUGACCGAAAAGACGGUUACUUUUAUCUUCUAAACCAUUAGAGCUAAUCGAAAUCGUUCUCGCGAGUUAACGUCGUCGUCGUCGUCGCCGUCGUCGUCGUCGUCGUUGUCAUCAUCAUCGUCAUCGUCAUCGAAAAAUAAUGAAAAAGACCAAGGAAAGUGAAAGGGAAGAAUAUCGAAUAUAUCUUCUCUCUCUCUCUCUCUCUCUCUCUCUCUCUCUCUCUCUCUCUCUCUCCUCUCCCCUCCCCUCUUCUCUCUCCCUUUCUCUCUCUCAAACGAUGACGUUUCGAUUAUUAUAAAAUUGUUCGGUCGUGAUACGUUCGUGCCAAAUAAUGAGAAAAAAAAUGAAUGAAAAAGAAAAAAAAAAAGAAAUCCAAAGGAAAAAGAAAAUAGAAGAGAAGAGAUACACGCAGGAUAGACAGACAGACUUACAGAUAGAGACAAAGUGAGAGAAAGAGAAAGAGGGAGAGGGAGAGAAAUAAAAAGAGACGAGACGUAGAUUUUUUUAAAAGAGCCGACACAUUUUACUCCAACAUCCUCUUUCGUACGUCGUCGUUAGAACGUACGUAAAACAAAAAAAGAAAUAAAUAAAAAUAAAUACACAAGAAAGAAAAACAAAAGAGGUAACUAAAUAUAAAAC